GAUGUAAACAUUGGGAGAGCAGCUGCAGACGUUUUCGGCAAGCCUUCCUGCAGCUGAAAAUCUUUUCUGAAAUUGCGUGAUAUGACUGUAAAAGCGAAUGAAGGGUCGAAGAGAGAUCACCCUAAGUCCUACAAUGAUCAUUCUAGCAAGAGGUCGGUUGACAACAAGCAGAAUGCAAAAACUAAAAAGGAGAAAACGACGGCGCCGCUCACGAAGGUGGUCGUGCGUCGCCUUCCCCCAGCCAUGACAGAAGAGGAGUUUUUGGAAGUGGUGUCGCCAUUGCCAGACCAUGAUUACUUUAUGUUCUCCUUCACGGAUAGCAGCCUAGGAGCUCAUGCAUACAAUAGGGCAUACAUCAAUUUCAAGAACGUAGAUGAUGUGUAUACGUUUAGGGAUAGAUUUGAUGGCUAUGUCUUUGUUGAUCAGAAAGGGGAUGAGUAUCCUGCCAUGGUGGAAUUUGCUCCUUUCCAAAAGAUACCGAAACGCUCUGGCGGGAAGAAGAAAGAUGCAAGAUGUGGGACUAUAGAUGAAGACCCAGAUUUCUUGGCGUUUAUGGAGUCGCUUACCAAUCCCACACCGGUGACUCUGCCCAACUUGGAAGCGGUGUUGGAGGAGAUCCAAGCGUAUGACAGGGAAUUGAAGUCCAACAAUGGUGUCAUGAAGGUGAAGACCCCCUUGCUGGAAUUCAUUGAGCAGAAGAAGGCAGAGAAGCUACGAAACAAAGAGGAGAAGAAGGAGGAGCGUAGAAGGAAGGAAUUUGAAAGGAAGAAGGCGAGAGAAGAGGAGAAGAGAAAGAAGAAAGAGGGGAAGGAGCAUCACAGGGAGAUGAAGAAGAGGGAGGACCACAAAGAUUCCAAAGACCACAGAGACGACAGCUGUGUCAAGGUACUGAGACCAGAAAGAUUAAAGGAUGAACAUGCGCCGGAGGGGAAACAAGAGAAAUCACGCACGGAACGAGAUAAAGAAAGGGCAGAGAGGGAAAAGGAGAAGCAGAGAAGAAGGGACGAAGAUAGACAAAGACAAAGGGAAAGAGAAAGAGAGAAGAGAGAGAAGGAGAGGAUGUUGAGGAAAGAGAGGGAAAGAGAAGAGAGAAUAAGGAGGCAGGAAGAAAGAAUGAAAUUGAAAGAAGAAGAAACGGGCAGGCAUAAAGAAGACGGGAAGGACGACUGGACGGAAGACAAGCCACAUGUAAGCAAGACUGAGGGAACAAGGUCCAAACGCUACAGCGAAGGAAGAAGAAAAGAAGAGAGAGAGAGGGAGAGGAAGUUCAAAGAGCAGAACGACAGGGAGAAGAAAGCAAAAGAUAACGCCGACACUGAAGUUAAGAGUCAAGCAGAUGAGAAGGAUGGUAAGAAGGUGGUUGUUGCAACCAAAGGUCAGGAAGAGCAGGUGCAAUCCUCAGAAAAAUGUGAAGAGAAAAAAGUUGCAAAGAUGGUGGAUAAACAAGAGGACGUUGAGCGACAGGUAGAAAAGCAGCCACGCAAAAGAAGGGAGAAGGACCCCAGGGUUGAGAGAAGGAUAAGAAAUAAGGAUCGACCAGCCAUGGCACUAUAUAGGCCUGGGCAAUCGCGAUUGAGCUCAGGCCACUCAAGAUCUGAGAAGGAGGAUGGAGGCGACACUUGUUCUUCUAGUCCAAGCCCAGUCAUGCUGCAAGGAGAUUCAAAUGUGUUCUUUGGCCAAGGAAGCAAGGACGUACCUGAGGAGCCAAGAAUACAAGAGGAUUUGAAUGUGGUGAAGAAUGAGGUCAAUGGGGAGUCAAAUUCUUAAUGUCCUGGUAUUUUGUAGGACGGUAGUGAUUUGCAUUGGUGUAGCAUCCUGGGCAUCAUGUAUUGAGUUCAAGAGUAGGCUCUUUUCAGUGUACUUCAAGUAAUUUGUGGUGAAUAGAUACAUUGGUUCAACGGUAGCACAUUUUUGUUGUAUUGUUUUAAAUCUCAUAUUUGUGCAAUUUCUAUCAUUCUUUAGGCUUUGUCUAUUUUGGAAUAGCUAUUUGAAUAUUUUAUCCUUGAGAGAAAGUGAGAGAAUCCAGACUGGGAUAUUGCAGUUACAGGAAACUGAUUACUAAAUGGGCCGAGAGACUCGAAAGUCAAAAUUUAUAUUCCACUACAUUUACUUAGAGUGACUUUUACUGUAUAACAGUAGAAGAAAGUAUUUGGUUUGGUGUCGGAAGGUAAUGUGUGUGAAUUAGUAUUCCAUGAAGUGAAAGUAACAAGAACAUUUUUAGUCUUGUUAUUAUUUAUGGUAUUUAACAAGGUGUACAAUGGCAUUCAACAUGUAAUUUAUUGGUCAGUUGAGGCAAAAGAUUUGUCCAACAGUGAUGUAUUUUAAACAGCUUAUAUUGACGGAGUUACUUUGUAAUAAGUGACGUAAUCGUUAGUGGUUAAUAUUUAUUUUGUUUUAUAUUUAACCUAAUUGAUAUUAUUCAUUGCUUGAAUGUAGUUCUGAUAGUUCAGAAAAUCUGGGUAUCACCACCCGGGCAAAGCACAGAAACUUUCUAGCUCAAAAAAUGCAUUUUCCUUCAUGACUUUUGUCUUGGCCUCGGGAAAGACACGUUUGUUUGGCGCGUAGUAAAGGAAACAAGAUUUUGUUAUUUUAUGCAUUGUAACAUAAUUGCCUUUCACACAGUGUAUUGCCAUAGCCGUGUUUAUGAAAACUGCACUUCCUGUUUUGAGAUCAUGGUUAUUUUAUCUAUUUAUAUAUUUUUAAAAAUUUAUUUACUUUUUUGCCAUUCUUGACACUAUCUAUACAUUUCUCCAUUUGGUAAGGGUGGACCAUAUAAAGAAGAAAAGGAAGAAGUAGAUGAAGAAAGGGAAGAAGAGGAAGAAGGAGAGGAAGGAGAGGAAGAAGAAGAAGAAGAAGAAGAAGAAGAAGAAGAAGAAGAAGAAGAAGAAGAAGGAGAAAAGAAAAAUAAUUCAAAGGUGAAGAAGAGGAAGAGAAACAAGAAACAAAAAUCUUAAUUAGGUACAAAAAAGAAAAGAAAAGAAAGAAAGAAAAAAAUUGCAGUUAUUCCUUUGUUGCGAACGUAAUGUAAGAGAAUACCAACAGUCCAUGAUUAAUUCACGUCAGUCUGAGUGGAAAGUCUCUGUCCAAAUGCAGUGUAAGUAGCGAUGGAAAAUAAUGUGUAAUAAGGCAUUAGAUUUUCU